UCUUUGUAGCCAUAGAACAACGACCCUUAUAAAACAACGCAUCUGCUUACUACACUGCUUCACCCAUUGUUUCAUCCAAACACAGAGAAAAACUCAAAUUUUAAUUUUAAUAUUUUCAAACAAACAAUCAAAAUGUUCGGAGUGGUUUUCCCAAACCGUAGUUUCCCAAUGGACAUUUCAACCUUCGCUCAAAUCGACACUUUCCAUUGGAUCCUCGACAUGAACACAUUCGUCGGUGAAGCGUACGAUCAAGUCACCGAAAUCUGCAUCUUCCUCCUCAACAGCUUCACACUCCCACCAGACAAAGCUCUCGCCGUCUACGUCCAAUCGCCGGGAUCGCCGUUCGUUUUCUGCGGCGCCGUCACCAUCGCUCGUCCCUCCGCCGUGUUAUCUCUCUCAUGGCCGGAGCCUGGUUCCGGUAGCUUACAGCCGCAAUUGACGGCGGACGCUCAACAGCUUUCGGCGAAAAUCGGUGUUUCCGUGGAGGAUCUGGCGUCGUUGCCGUCGCUUGAUGUUGUAGGUGAGAAGAGGAUUGAACGGUUGGCGAUGAAAGUUGGUGAGAAUUUGUUUAAUUUUAUGCAAUCUUUUUGUGGCGUGGAUGGAUCGAAGUUGAUUGUUCCGAUGGAUAUUUUGGAUCGGUGGUUUAAGAAAUUUCAAGAGAAGGCUAAGCGUGAUCCUGAAUACUUGAAGGGUUUCGCUUUGUAAGUUAUAUGAAUUUUUUUUUUGUUAAUUUAUUAGUUGUAACUUUUUUAGUUAUAAAAUGGAAAUUAUGAUUGUGGAAAGAAAUGGUUCCUCUUGUGUU